UAUUUUACCAAAUGGCAUACUCCAUAUAUCGUUUUCGUACAAUAAUUAUAAAAAAAUCGAAGUAAAACUCCUGAAAUUCUCUGGAAUCGUGGACUCGAAGUGAAAACGGGUCGCGGAUGCCAAGGAUUAAAUAUCGUUCAAUUGUUGCCAUCCAAUGGCACCAGAAGGAAGAGGAAGCGGAAACAGAAUGCAGCCAAAAUCAUCUUCGAGGACUUCCACCUUUGCUGGACUUGAUGGUAAAAAAUGUUUACUAUCACAGAGAUGAAGAGGAUCCCUAAGUUGAGCCGCCACUGGGGGUAUCAGAUAGCAAGUGCGUGAACCGCCCGCAUUCUCCACCGAGGGCAGCACAGAAUGCGCUCGCACGGCCCAUCCCAUGAGUAAUAUCCCAACUUUUCUCUCUAUGUUCAGUGACGGGAACAGACGAAAAUGUAUUUUAUGAAAUGAAACAUAUUUCAGAUUAACGGAUAAGUUGUAUUUUAUAAAAUCAACUCAAGUUUAGAACCAAAUAAGGAUGUAGUAUUCUGAAACAUAUAAUCAUGUGUCAUUUUUUGUAUAUUUUGAACGUGUUCAUUUUCCUUAUUACACCAGUUGUCCGGAGUGAUUCCCAAAUUCAGUCUUUCGAUCCAACUUUCAUAAGAGAUCUUCGUAUCCCAACUCAAAAUAUUCAUGUUUUUAAGUUGCUAAAUGUAAUGAAUCAAGAUGACAACGAUUCGCAAGUUACUGGGUAUAAAACUAGAACUCGUCGACAGCUUUAUAUCACAGAUCGCCAUCGGUGGUCCGAAAAUGAUGCAAUGGAUACUGUAAUAAAUUACACUAAUCUUGAAAAAAAAACGGUACAGUUAACAUCUAGAUAUCGGCCAGAAAGAAGAAAGUGUGAAAUAAAGUGCGAUGAGUAUAACGAAGCAGUGGGAAAAAAUGUGUGGAUAUUGCAACUCACAGGGUCACGGCCUGUUCCCAUUCCUAGAAAGUGUCAAGAGUUGAUUAACCCUCUCGUUAUGGGUGGUGAAAUAGCACAAGCUGGGGAAUUUCCACAUAUGGUUGCUGUAGGGUGGUUUCUACAAAAUGGAACCAUUGAUUACUUGUGCGGUGGAAGCUUAAUAUCAGAAUACUGGGUAUUAACGGCAGCUCAUUGCACUCAUGCACUUUUUGGCAGUCCAAACGUGGUUCGAGUCGGGACGAAUCGUUUAAACGAUAACUCCGGUCAGAUUUUUCAAAUUGAGUCCGUCAAAAGACAUCCCGUUUACUUACCACCUGCUAAGUAUGCCGACAUUGCAUUGUUGAAAUUAACGAAAGCUGUUGUUUUUGGAAAGUACAUUAAGCCCGCUUGCCUUCAUACUGAAUUUGAUAACGUUCCUACAAACGUUUGGGUGACAGGGUGGGGCGUAACUCGAUUAGGUAAUGUUUUCACCGUAAAAUUUAUUUUGAAAUGUAAUAAUGAGUUUUAUCUGUCCGAUGAUUCGGUAACGUCAUUGCUCGCGAAUUCUUUAUUACUUUUUUUAAUUACAUCGAUGAAAAAAAUUAAAGCAUAUUUUUGAUGGAGAAUGUAAUCACGAUGGCGGUGCCAUGUAACAGUCGCCACUAGCGGCUCAUUAGGACUCGCGAUGGUCAUACCAUGUGGCAGUUAACGUAGAAAGACGUAAGGAAGCGCAGGAAGAGGUAGACAGACGUUUAAAAUCGACUAAAACCGUCCAAUAACUGCUUAAAACCAUCUAAAGUCGCCCAAAAACGCCUCAAGACGCCUCAAAAUGCCGAAAACGCGUAUCUUCUCUGAAAAAAAAAUUGCAGCCACUCGCUCGAGAGCUCAGUUUGAAGAGAACAACCUUCCCCGUCGAGAGCUCCUGUGAUCGCAGUUGCGAAAAAAAAAUUCACCGGGGGCUGUACACCCCGAAAGCCUACUGAAAAAGUCAUAGAUCCCUCGCAAAAGCUUCAAACCCUGUAUCUCUCCUCUGUAAAGAAUCGCAGGGACUCGCUCGAGAGAUCGAUUUGUAGAGAACAACCCCGGUAUCUAUAUGCCCCAGGUCGGUGACGACGCCCGACAGGUUGGCGUGGCCGUAGGUAAUCUUUCCCCGCUUUGUGGAGUUUUGCAGGGUGCCAAUCACUGGAUGCCUCUUUUGCAUCGGUUUGGCGAGGACUUGGUCUGCCCGUGGGCCCUUUCCACGUGGUGGUUGACGAUAUCGUCGGUAGGGUCUUCGGCGAGACGGGUCGAGACGGGGCGCAAUCCUAAAGCUCGGCGAUUUUUUACUUAUGUCCAGGUGACUCGCUGUCCCUUGGCUUACUUUAACUGAAUCUAACCACAAUUAAUUGGAACUAAACGACUUAUGAUCCGAUCCGAAUGUGCUUUCCGCCAUAAUCGGCAUUAUACAUCGUUAUUUCAUUGUCAUGUAUGAUGUACCUGUGACGUAACGUGCUUGGUGGGUUAUGUUUCAUUUUCAUAUACUUUGAGAUGUCAAAUUUUACUUCCGAUCUUGUAACUAAUUGUAAGGCGGCAAAUUGCACGAACUGAAUAUCUCAAAAACUAUUGAUUCCCUAGAAUCUUAUAUUACCAAUACAGUUUCACAUUGAUAGGAAAAAGCAUGGACGUAUAAUGUAUGGACUGCUCACUGCCUGUGCUUAAAUAUUGCUUCGACUGGAUCUAACGGAACGGUGAGAGAACGAGAACUGUUGCGAUUGGGUCUACGCUUGUACGUGCAACAGAAGUGCGGAGCGAAGUAAUUUGCGUAUGUGUAUACCUAAAAAAACACCUAAUCGUUUGAAAAAUUCUUGAUUUUCUCAGCCAAUCGGACGGUUAUUUCUCUUUAAUGGAAAAAUAGAAUGGAAAAAUUGUAUUUCCGUUCAUCCCACUCCUGAAGUCUCGAUCCUUGGCGUUUAGAACUCCGUAGCGUCUUGUUCGAGCUCGAGCGCGCAGAUGGCGUUUUUCUCGGUACUCGACGUUGCGAGUAUCUCGCUCAAAAAUAUAUUUAGCUGAAAACUCUACCGAGUUUCUUGGUGUCAAACAACUGCCAAGAACUUAUCGUGCAUUCUACCAGCGCGGACAAGUGUAUAUCCGAACUUAACGGUUCUCGUUCUCUCCCCGUUCUGUCAGCGAUGCACAAUGCGCGGUCCAUACGCUAUACGUGCAUGGGAAAAAAUUGAGCACUUUUGUAUGUUGUUCAACGAGUCGAGUACAUAAGCAUUUGUGAUACAGGGGAGGACCGCAGUGAUAUUUUGUUGAAAGCACGCCUGGAUAUAGUAGAUAAUAUUCGAUGCACGAAACUUCUGCGAGGUUUAACAUCGGUACCC